AUGCCCGAUGAAGAUUCAUCUGUGGCAAAUUCAAAUCCAACUGUUGAUGUCAAAAAAAUUGUUUUGUUGAAACGAAAUCCAAACAAUGUGAUCGAUAAUAACAGUACUCAAUCCAGUGUUAUAUCUAGUACUCUCAUUUCAUCCAUCGAUUUGAUACAAACCCCAAGCAGAUCUGGUUCUUCAUCACCAAAUCUUGAAGUUGAAUUGACCCCUGAGCAAAGUGCUCAUCUUGGAGAAAUAGAUUUCAACACAGGUCUAGAUGGUUUCUUAUUGGCUGCUCUAAAAAAUCCAAAGGAUAGAUUAUUCCUUUUAAAAUUAGAUCGUGAAAUGGAACGGUUUAUAAACGAUAAAAACCAUACGAGAUUGGAGUUUCCUCCCAUGAAUUCCUAUCAACGACUGAUUGUUCAUCGUGUUGCUCAAUAUUUUAAAUUAUCACACGUUGUUGACAGCAGUGGAAAAGCUGUUGUCCUAUAUAAAUCACCUGAUACUCAAAUACCAAUACUUCGUUUUUCGGACCUUCUUGAACAAGAAGAGGAAAAGCCAGAGAAAUCCGUAAAAAUAAUGAGACGACAACAAUUUAACUCUCAAUCUCAACUUCGAUCUUCUACUGGUGAUUCUGAUAGCAAUUCUGAGGGUGAACGUAAAAUUUUAACCAUCGAAGAACGUGAAGCUGCUUACCAAAAAGCUAGAGCAAGAAUAUUUAAAGAUUUGGAACAAAAGAACGAAGAUAUUGAUCAAGAUGAAAUUGAAGAACCUACCUCUUCAAGUCCAACUUCUAAAAAUUCUAAUAAUUCUAAUUCUUCUUCAAAUAACAGUGAUCAACAAAACAUUGGUUAUCCACCUCCGAUGAUGCCACCAGGUCCAUUCGGUCAUCCUCCAUUUUUCGGUGGCCCACAUUUAAACAUGUAUGAUGUUAAUAUGUUGUCUAUUCAACCUCAAAUUUUACCACCGGAGAUGCAUGCAAUUGGAAAUCAUCCUUACAUAAAUGUUCCUCAUGAUUGGAAUCCUCAAAUCGCUACCUAUGGUCGUCCAAAUGUAAGGAGUGUAUGGGGUGAUUCGUUUAAUGCUCCGCCGGAAAUGGGUGGAGGGCCAUCUCUGUUCAAUCAGCAACCAAAUACUGGAAAUUCUUUUUUAUCACGUCCUGCUCAACAAAAUGAUGUUAAUUUUGCUUCAAAUCAAGGUCCAAAUCAUUUGAAAUACAUGAAUCAACUUCCUCAAUCUUCGUUUUCUCAACCUUCUAGUGCUGCUUCUUUUGGUGAAACAAAUCAUGUAAUUAAUUCAUCUGCGUCUCCCGCAGAUGGAAAUUCUAAUAAAUUAACUUCGGUUAGAGACGGAACUACUUCUCCUAAUUCUCCAAUAUCUCAAACUGGAUUUGAAAAUAAUAAUUCUCUUUGGAAAAACCAGUGGGGAAAUAUGACAAGUGGAGAG